GGGCAAGAAUUUAUGGAUCACAAUAACCAUAUAUAUAUUACAGCAUACAAUGUUCGAUGGUAUGUAGCUCCCGUGCACGCCCAAAAGCUGAUACUUUUUAUAUUACAAAGAAGUGGCAAAGCUGUUGUUUUGAAUUUUGGCAAUAUAUUUGUGGUAUCUUUAGAGUGUUUUGCCAUGAUCAGAUGUUUACUGGAGCAAUUGCAAUAUAUUUAUAAUGAAAUAAAAGAUGAAAAUGAAAUUGCCAUCAUAGAAAAGUAUGGACUGAACGCGAAACGUUAUACAAUUAGAAUUAUACGUAAGAUAAAAUUUAAUGAUUUUCUUUACAUGUAG